AAGUGUAAUGUUGACAUCGGCGAAUUUAUUUGGAAUGCAAGAAACGUGAUCGCGACGCGCACACACUCACACAAGAAAAACGAUCACAAGUGUACAAAAAAGUCAACAUAUGAAAAUUGUUUGAUUUAUGCUUGCCUUAGCUAAUUCCAUUAAUAUAAUCAACAAUCUAUCUAGAUUUUUGUAUGUAAUCAACAAUUUAUUAAAGUGUGUUAAAUUAAUCAAUCGACGAGUAUAUUGCACUUGGCCGCAAGCGUCGCCAAUUGGGAAAUUUCCCAAAUAAAAACGAUCCAAUUAGAAUUGAUGUAUUGCUAAUAGCCUCGAACUGGAGUAACAAAGCAGAGCCACAAAAAUGAAGGCCACCAUAAAUAAGGAUUUGCUGCCCAUGAAGGCGCAUUACUUUCUCUAUAAUGCCGGCACCGCACCCGUUGUACCCCUUAUGUCCCCGCUGGCGAUACAGCUGGGCUACUCGCCGGUCGUGGUGGGCACCAUGUACACGAUACUUCCUAUUGUUGGUUUGCUGGCGAAGCCGCUCUUUGGUUACAUAGCUGAUCGCUAUCAUCGCCAUCGCUUCCUCUUCCUUGGUGGCCAACUACUCACCGCCGUGGCCUUUUUCAUGAUCUUGUUUGUGCCGGCCGCCGAAAAGCCACAAUUCCAUUGUCACGCUGGGGUGUCGAACAUACGCUACUGUUCCAACUAUCCGAAGGAUGCAAAACAGAAUCUGGAGACAUACUACGGCAAUCGGACCUUGAGCUGCAACAUGAACUGCCAAAUGGCGCCGGCUAUGUGGGAUAUUGUGUGUCAGUAUUGGCGUCCAGUCAAUGGUUCUCGGAACCAGGCGAGCAACUGCGAGGCAAACCGCUCAAAGGCCUUGAUCAACUUUACCACCUACAUCAGCGCCAGGGAUAUUAUCGAGGAAGAGUCGCUGGACGGCGGCAAGUGCCUCAAUUUUCUAAUACCGCACGAUCAGGGCAUACUGGAGUCGCAGAAUGUGACACUCUAUUGCCCCAAGGAUAAGGUCAUGUUCCAGCCCAGCUGCCAAAUGGACUGCAACGAGCGAUAUCUCAAGGAACUGCUGCCCGAGAGCACAAUGAUCAAUACGAGCAGCGCCAUGGCCAUGCCAGAGUUCUGGUUCUUCUUUGGCAUGCUGAUCAUCAGCUGGAUCGGCAUGGCCGUGGUGGUGAGCAUCGGCGAUGCCAUAUGCUUUGGCAUACUCGGCGAUCGGCAUCAUCUGUAUGGCAAGCAACGCUUGUUCGGAUCGCUGGGCUGGGGUAUCUUCGCCCUGCUCGCCGGCCUGCUGGUGGAUGCAAUGUCGCAGGAGGGCAGCUCGGAGAGGAACUACACGAUUAUCUUCUGGAUGACGCUGAUUAUAAUGGGCUUUGAUAUGCUGGCCUCCACCAAGCUGAAGCACACACAGACUCACAUGUCGGCCAACAUACUUAAGGAUGUGGGCCAAAUGUUUCUAUCGGUGCGCUGCGUCGUCUUCUUUCUGUGGUGCGUGGCCAUCGGUCUGUGCACAGCACUGAUUUGGAACUUUCUGUUGAUCUAUCUGGGGGACCUGGCCAAGGAGCAUGGCACCGACUUCAUUAAUACGCUGGAGGGACUGGUUAUGAGCAUCCAGUGCUUUGGUGGCGAGCUGCCCUUCUUCUUUAUGUCCGGUUGGAUCCUGAAGCGCAUUGGGCAUGUAAAUGCCAUGAGCCUGGUGCUCUUUGGCUUUGGUGUACGCUUCCUUUUGUACUCUAUGCUGCAGAAUCCCUGGUAUAUACUGCCCAUUGAGCUGCUCAAUGGCCUCACCUUUGGACUCUUCUAUGCGACAAUGGCCUCCUAUGCCAGCAUCGUUGCACCGCCUGGCACCGAGGCCACCAUGCAGAGUCUUGUGGGCGCCAUCUUCGAGGGUGUCGGCGUCUCCAUAGGCAGCCAAAUUGGCGGCCAGCUCUUUUCUGCAGUCAGCGGACGCACCACCUUUGAGAUCUUUAGCAUUGGCGCCUUCAUAGUGUUUAUUAUCCAUGUCUUGGUCCAAAUGUAUCUGAAACGCAAAGGGCCGGAUGAGAACGGCACUGUCAAAUAUUUUGCACCGACAGAUGCAAUGCACAUGCUGAAUGAACAGGAAUACACAAAUAGUAUUAGCUAAGCUGCUCCUCUGUGAUCUGAAGUAUUCGUAUCCUGAUCAGUGAGAAUCAACACACAAUCAACCAAGAAAACCAAAACCAAAACAACAACAACAACAACCACAUUAUUGCUGCUGCUCAGUUGAAUGGCAAUUUAAACAAUUGCUUCAUCCAAUUGCAUGUUGAAUGUUCAAUAUUCAAUCUCAAUUGUAUUUAUAAUAAUUAUAUCUAAUUGUACUUUAAUUUAGUUACCACACACAAACAAACACGUAUUUGUGCAUGCUUUUAGCAAACAUUAGCUUAGUUUAUGCGCUGCAUAUCGUGAAAUCUCUUUGACGCAUAUUUAAAUUAAAUUAACUGUCGUUGUUCUAUACGUCAUAAAUAUCUCCAUCAUUUCCAUUUGGUUAUUAAAGCGAACGCUGUCAACUAAUCACGAUAUGCCAUUGCAUAAAACUUUAUUAGCAUGUUUAUAAAUAUCUUGAAAAAGUCAAAGUUUGUAAUUGUCGCCGAUUUUGCGCUGUGAAUGUUUAAAUGUUAUAGUUUUUACACGAUUAGAUACUUAAAAAGAAAAAUUGGCAUAUCAAAAUUGGAUUCUCUUGCAUGUAGCUUCAUUUCAAAUAUAAUAUACUGUGAAAUCUCGAAAGUAUUUACCAAAUUAUAUACAGAACAUAUAGAAAUAGUAAGCAACUUGUUUAUAUUAGUUAAUUAUGGGCUUUAAUCCAUAGAUAAACAUUUUUAAUGUUAUAUGUUUAUUUAGUUCUAGUUUAGAUUCUUGUUAGAGAUUGCAAUACCCAUGUUUGGGUACGGCAACUUUGUAAUUACUUAUGAUGGUAUGGCGUAUGGCUAAGACCUAUAUAACUACUGCAACUGGCCGCCUAUGAGCGACUCCUCCUGCUGUUGCUUCUCGAGUUUGCGCUGGUAAUCGCGCUGCUUACAAGUGGCCACGUUGGCGGCUCGUUUCUGUAAUCAGUAAUCAGAAAGAUACGACAUAUACUUAGUUAUGAUUAAACUUUUGCAUGUGUGCUCUACUUUGUAAACUGUUGAUUAUUAUUUUUAUGGUUUUAUGCAACAAUAAAGUCACGUUCUUUUGGGUUUUUA